AUGUACACUGACGGGGCGUCUAGUAAGAAGGGUUGUGGGGGCGGGGCAGUACUUAUAUCCCCGGAAGGCGUUAAGGCUUACCAAGCCUUUAUGUUUAACUUCCAUGUAUCCAACAACGAAGCAGAAUACGAAGCCUUGAUAGGAGGGCUAAAACUGGCCAGAGCACUCCAAGUGAGUAGCCUAACGAUCCGAUCCGACUCUAGGCUCGUGGUGGGCCACGUCAACAACCAAUUCGAGACUCGAGAGAACCGGAUGAGACAGUAUAAGGAGGUGGUACAAAGGUUAUUGGCCGAUUUCGAGCGAUGGGAGUUGGUUCAAAUCCCUAGAGCAGAUAACGGAGAAGCCGACUUCUUAUCUAGAGUCACGCAAGGCUUGGAGGACCAUUUGGGGUAUGUCUCCCAGAUAAUCACCACUGUUGACAUAAGCGCGCCAAGCAUCGAGAGGGAAGAAAUAUGUGCCAUCCACCCCACCCCGGAUGAAUGGAUGCAAGAGAUGAUUCUUUAUAAAAAGCACGAGACUACCCCGAACAACCCAACGAGGGCGCGUAAAGUGAUAACUAUGGCCCCGUCAUAUCAAAUAAUAGACGGCAACCUGUUCAAACUAUCCUUCGGGGGGCCGCUACUCCGCUGCCUGACUAAGGUCGAGGUAGACAAGGUACUUGCUGAAAUGCACGAAGGGGUGUGCGCGGCCCACCAGGGGGCCCAGACCCUGGCCCGAAAAAUCAUCCUCCAGGGGUACUAUUGGCCCCGCCUAAGGGCUGGUUGCCUAGAGUAUGUGAAGAAGUGCCCUGCAUGCCAACACUUCGCAAUACUCCCAGGACGACCAACGUCUUACUAUACCCCGGUGACAUCCGCCAUCCCCUUUACGCGUUGGGGCAUCGAUCUACUAGGGCCUUUUCCCAGGGGUGUGGGCGGCCUGAAGUUCAUAAUAGUGGUAGUGGACUACUUCACCAAGUGGGUAGAGGCUGAGCCCCUCGCCUCGGUCACGGAAUAUCAAUGCCGAAAGUUCGUGUGGAAACACAUAUUCACAAGGUUUGGGAUGCCUCUACAAAUCGUAUCAGACAACGGAAAACAAUUCGACAAUAAAAACCUCACUCGCUUCUGCGCAUACUACGGGGUGGAACAUGUCAAGGCAGCAAUAGCAUACCCCCAGGCUAACAGGCAAGUAGAAAACGUGAACCGUACCCUCUUAGACGGCAUAAAAAAGAGAGUAGAGACUGCAGGAUCUGCGUGGUACGAAGAGUUGCCCAAUAUACUAUGGGCGUCAGAACCACCCCUAGAAAGGUUACCGGUGAAACCCCCUUCGCCUUAA